GAAGGGUGGGGAAAUGCAGCCCCCGGGGUCACCCCCGGCCCUGAGCUAUUCUUGGGUUUCCCUUGGGUGCGACCUUAACCAAAUCUCCGCCGCCCCCACCCAGUCCCCAACUGUACGUUGUAGCGGUUCAACCCGCCGGUUUCUGCUGGUCCCGCUGGCCUUUAAGAUCCAGCAGUCCUCGGAAACACAGUCUCGACAUAGGUCGUAGAAGCCGCGAAGGCCUUCGAAAGCCUCAGGUGUUCCGAGCACCAGGGGCCAUCACACCCUGUCGCCCGCACAUCUCGCGAGAGAAGGCUUUGGCUGCCGCCCGAGAUCUCGCGGUUGCAGCAGCCUCGGUGGCGGGGAGAGAAGGAAAAAAAUAAUAAAAAUAACCCGGCCCUCGUUCUCGCGAGAUCCCCGGCCCGAGCUGGGAUUUGGGUCUCGGGACAGGGGCUGAAGCCGGUUCUGGCUGCGCUCAGCAGGGUCUUCGGGGAAGAUGGCGGACGUGUCCGGCAACAACGGUGACGCGGCGGGCCCCGUGGGGAAGGAGGCGGGUGAGUCUCGGGGCGGGCUUGAGGCCGAUGGAGGCGCUUUGUUGACUGUGUUCCCCGGGGCCCAUUCAUUCCGCCCCCUCCUGGGGAGGGACGUUGGGGCUGCCCGGGGGGACAGGCCCGCCCCCAGCCUCACCUGGACACCCUCCAUCCCCUCCGAGGCCCAUCUCCAGCCUCACCCGGAUGCCUUCCCCUUUGCCCAAGCCCUCGUGCCUUGACUCACCGUUAACUGCACCCAUCUUUGAAUCCCGACCCCACUGAGCUUGGCCUUCCGAGGACUGACCCCAGCCUUUCCCGGACCCCCCGCCCUCUCGCCUAACCUUAAUCAUCGGACUGCCCUAACCUCCGCCUAGACAUCAAACUCCCUCCGGGGCCCCCUCCUGUUCCGCACCGCCUCAGUCCGGCCUCACCUGAAUGGCUCCACCCUUGCCCCAUCCCAACUGCCCCGAGGGGCCCCGGCCUCGCCUGGACAUCAUAUUCCGCGCGCGUGCUCGCGCCCUCUUGUUCCGGGAGCUCACGCCUCACGUAGAUCGAAUGAUUCGAGAGAACAACCAUCUGUUCACAGAUGUCCAAUGUAAAGUGUGCAAUGCAGUACUCAUUUCAGAGUCCCAGAAACUCGCCCAUUAUCAGAGCAAGAAACAUGCAAAUAAAGUGAGGAGAUACACAUCUAUUCACAAAGAGGAGGAGUUUAAUGAUGGAAAAAAAUUGAAGCUAGAUUCAGAACAGGAGAGCAGCCAUAGCGAUGACAGGGAUCGGUGCUGUGCCAUCUGCAACAUGACCUUUUCUUCCCCCAUCGUGGCCCAGUCUCACUACCUGGGGAAGACCCAUGCCAAGAACAUGAAGUUGAAGCAGAGUAACUCCCAGGUGGAAGUUCUACCAAAACUCCACAAGAAUGCUGUAACUCCUGGUCUCAGUGAAGAUGGUAGUGAUACAUCUGAUCCUGACAAGUUCUGCAACCUCUGCCAUGCAACUUUCAACAAUCCCUCCAUGGCCAAGCAGCACUAUGUUGGCAAAAAGCACAGAAAACAAGAAACCAAAGUCAAACUAAUGGCUCAUUAUGGCAAGAGCAAGGAUUCCCCCAUUACAGCUUCAGAAGCUGGGUGGGGCUACCCCUGCAACACAUGCAAAAUCAUACUGAAUUCCAUAGAGCAGUACCAGGCGCACAUCAGUGGCUUCAAGCACAGGAAUCAUACACCAGGAGCUGUGCCGAUCCUAGGACGCUUUCCAAAGCAGCAGUAUGUUCGAGAAGAAACAGUGUCCUCAGGAGACUACAGUUACUUUAGCCAAGACUCCUAGAGCCAGUGGCAAUACUGUUCUCUUCAAGCUGGUGCCAGCCAAGAACAAGCAGCUAGUGUCAACUCUCAGCGGUUCUGUUAUCUGGUCAGAGACUGGCCUGUGUCUCCCUCUCAUAGUGACUGUACAGGACAAAAACAGAAAUGACUUAGUUUGGGAAAGAUAUGAUGGAGCAAACUUUGCUCUAUCUCGUGUAUUUAUUAGGAAGCUCUUUUGGCAUAAUCUGUUAAUUGACAUCUUGUUCUGUGUGUUUCUCAAACAUACAGGUGGUGUCCUUCCUUUAUAUGUCACUUCUUGCCACUCCUCUGCCUCUAAGCUAUGUCCCUGCCCUCUACAAAUAGUGCCGAACUCUUAGGUUUCAAGAACAGAACAGCUCCUUGAGUGGUUUAUCUUAGAUAGGAGUAAUAAUAUAGAGUUGGAUAUUAGCAGAAUUGUUAUCCCUAAUUCCCACUUGAACUUUUGUGUCUAAGUGUGUCUUACUUGGUCUUCCCUGGUGGGGGUAAACUUGCUUAGGAUUUAUUGCUCUGUAUUUGGAAAGACAAUUCCUUGGGCUUUUUCCUAGUGCCCUGGACACCUUCUAGAGAAACCAUCGAAUGUGAGUGCCAAACUAUGGCAGGGGUAGAGAACAAAAAACUCAAUGUUCCUAUGACAACUUCUAGCAAGAUAUUAGUCAACUCUAUCCUUCAAAAGAAAGGUACUUUAGACCAAGUUAUUUCCAGUUGUGCAGGAGAGAGUCCCUUUUAAAUCUAAUUGAUAUGUUGAAAUGUUUUCUUUUUUGGAAACCUCCAAAAUCUACUUUUCACAAUAUCUAAAUGGUAACUAGGGAGGUCAUGCUACUCUGGGCAUGCACAGGGUUUUUUUCCCUCCCAGUUGGUGCUGCUCCCAGUCAUAUGUCAUCACUGGAAGGUUACUCUGAGAGUACAAUUUAAAAGAAGUCCUUUGGUAGCAGUUCUACUUCCCCAAGGUCCAUUGCCUAUCUGCUUUACAGACAUAGACCACAUUAAAGUCUUUAUUCACCUGACCUUUCAGACUUUCUUCUUCCCUUGGAUCUGCAGUCUCCUACCAGAGGAGAAUACAGUGGUGAUAAAUGGAAACUGGAGAAGUAUAGGAAGGGCUCUUUGCAGGAAAAGGCCCUUAGGUAUCAGGGGACUAACUGGUGUAAUUUUUCAUCCAUAGGUCUUCCAGGCUAGAAAGAAUUGUUUUCAAAUGAUCAGAGAAGAAAGCAGGAGGGAGGGUAAAGAAUUUGACCUAAACCAUCCCAUGCAAACAAGUAAGCAUAUGGUCCCUUUGGCAACACUUCGAGAAACAGAGAGACUAAUUAAUCAUAGAAUCUGAAUUGGAAGGAGUCUUAGAGGGCUUCUAGUCCACUCCAUACUGAACAAAAGUACAACUAUACAAUAUUCCUGACAAGUGGCCAGACAGCCUUUGCUUGAAGAUCUCUGGUGGAGAAGAACCUACUGCCACUUUGGGCAGCUCAUUCAACAAUUCUGAUUGUUGAAAAUUUUUCUUUAUGUCAGACUGAAAUCAGUCUUCUUGCGGCUUCCGUGCAUUGUUCCUAGUUCUUCUCUACUUCUCAGUCUAGCAGGACUCUUCCACAUUAUAGCCCUUUAUAUAUUGAAAACAGGCACUUUAUUUCCCCAGGUUUUGGCUUCUCCAAACAGAAGCAUACUCAGUUUCUUUACCUGAUUGUCAUUUGACAUCAAUUUGGAGUCUUUCUGGUCUCCUUCUUCUUACUUCUCCAGUUUAUCAAUAGUCUUCAUAAACCAUGACUCCUACAACCAAGCACUGUACCAGGUAUGAUCUGAUUAUGGCAUUUCCCUAGCAUCCCAAACACUGUGUCUCAGCAUAGCCUAAAAUUGCUAAAUUUUCGGCUAUCUUAUCACAAUGUUAACUCAUAUUGAGUUUAAAGUCCACUCAAACUGACAGAACUUAGCCAGAUGGACUAUCUAGUUAAUGCCUUCUCUAUCUUGACUUCUUUCCCCUAAUUUGAUUUUUUUUUAAUUCAAGUGUAAGACUUUACAUUUAUCCCUGUAAAAAUUCAUUUUACUCAAUUGAUCCUAGUGUUUUGGCUUAUGAGAUCUUUCUGAAUCUUGAUUGUAAUCCAAUCUGUUAACUAUCUUUCCUAAUUUUGUUCUGUCUGCAAAUUUUAUAACAUGCCAUCUUUCACCUUUAUCAAAUCAUUUUUAAAAGUGUUGAACAACAUAAAACCGAUAACUUCUCAAGCAUUCUAUUAAAUAAUGACAUAGAACCAUUCAUGAUCAUUCUUUCAAUCUGACCAAUCAUCUAAUAUCAACCAUUAUACUCUAGUUCUCAUUUUCCACAAGAAUAGCAUAAGAGAUUUGUUAAAUGCUUUGCUAAAAUCUUAGUCAACUAAAUUUAUAGUAUUCCCCUGAUAAAUCAAUUUAGUAAAUCCCAAAAAAGGAAAUGAGGUUAAAGCGAGCAUGACCUGUUCUUUGUGAAGUCAUCUUGGCUCUUUGUGAUUAUGGCUUCCUUUUCUGUGCAUUUCUUAACCACUUCUUUAAUAUUAUGUUCCAUAAUUUCAGCAGAAACUGAAAUUAUGCUUAUUGGCCUACAGUUUUCCAAUUCUAUAAUCCCUUUUUAAAAAAUCCAGACAUUUGCCUUUUUCCAGUCUUGUUGCAUUUAUCCCAUUCAUCUUGAUCUUUCCAAGAUUCACAACAGUGAUUCAGCAGUCAAAUCUACCAACUCUGUGGGAUAUAGUUAAUCUGAGUCUGAUAACUUGAAGGGCAGGUAGAUACUUUCUUACUUUUUCCCUACUUAUCUUGGAUCUUAUUAUCCUGUUAAUCAUUUUUAUUCAGUCCUUUCCACUUCAGAGAUCAUUGUCCUUGACAGACAAAGCAGAAACAAAGUAAGAGUUAGGGAGCCUUUCUUUCUCUCCCUUGUCUUGUCAGUUCUGAUUAGCCCAUCCACUUUGAGCAGCAAUCCUAUCUUGUCUUUAAUCAUUGUUUUCCUCAGUUCAGUUUUUUAAAAAUAACUUUAGGGGGUCAAUUUUUAGCUUUCUCUACCAGUUCUUAGCUCAUUCUGAACUUGGAUGUUCCUGACAUUAUUCUUACAGGCUCAUGCCAUGCUUUGUAUUCAUCUUCUAUUACCUGACUUUAUUUCCAUCUUCUAUACCCAUCUUUUUAAAAAUCUAAGUUGCAUAUGUUUGUUUGUUUACACAUUUCUCUUUCUCCUCAUUAAAAUUAUUUUUAUGUGUCCAGAAUUUCAUUCUUAUGAUUUCUCCUGUCAGAUUUUGGUCCAAAGGAUCCUAACUAUCCUUUUUCUGAAUCUUUCAAAAUCUUUGUUCCAAGAACAUGCAUGUCAAACUUUACUCAGUUUUCCUGACUUUUUUCAAAACUGAAUAUGAAGUGAUCAUUUCCCCCUUGAUUCCCCUCAUCUCUUCUUUAGGACCUAGUUCCUUUUUGGUAAAAGUCUAAUCCAGAAUAGGAGUUUCCCAUCUUCCUCCAUCUUUUUAUGGAUGAAAUUAUCAUUAGUGCAAGCUAAGAAAUUAUUAGCUGUUGCUCUGCUUUUCAUAAAGUAUGAACUCCAGCAGGAGUCCAGAUGAUCACUGCUGUGUUCGCAUUCCAAGUGCCAAGCUUGUGAUCUGUUUCCAAAAUGUAACUGUUUUCUCUCUCAGCCUGGGUACUCUGUAACAUAUUGUGAAUAUUUGUUUUUUUCCUUUAGCUCUUACAGUUUUCUGACCUGACAGCAUCUAUGGAUCUAUAUCACCAUUCCCUUGUUCUUCCUCAAAAGCUCCUACUCUUUCCUCUAUAAAAAGAGUGUCAUCUAAGUGCUCAUUGGUCCUUCCCUUUCUCUUCUCACCCCCAUCUUCCAGCUCUGUCUUUACAGAUCCUUUUUAUCUUUAUAUUAAAUUUCUUUCAGUUUUUUAAAGAAGAUUGCAUUCUUCCUGAUAAUAGGGAUAGAACAGAUGUUCCUCGAGGCACUUUACUUUUGUCUUUUAAAAAGACCAGCCUGCACUUUGUACAUAGAUAAUUGUUACUUGGCCAUGGCAGACAGACAGAUGUCAUGUAGUCUGUGCAAAUCACUACCAAAUUUUCUUUGCUCUUCAGACUUCUCAGAAACAUGAGUUUCUUGAACUUUUGUUUUUCUCAUUAUUUGUGGCCAACUCCUCUGGGGAAUUCCUGUGGCCUAUAGGGGUCUUGAAAUCCAAAGUUUUCAUUCAUAUUUCUAUGUACUUCCUAACCUCUUUGAGUCCUCUGUUCUCACAUUUUCAUUUUUUGAGUCUUCAAGUUCUCUUCUUCUUCCUUUCUUCUUUGUCCUUAGCAGAGUCAGCCCUGCUUAAGUGAUUCUCCUGCCUAAUCAAACUCUAACCCUGAAGCUGGCUAAUAGGAAGAAGCUGUCCCAUAGGUAGCAAGGGGCAGUCCCUGUAGUGGAGAAGAUAUUUUUUUUGUGUUGUGACUAGCAAGGUUCUAGGGUGUACUAAAGGAAGGUAGUUUGAAGAGAAUAGGGUUCCCUUAGUACUCUUAAGAUUUCUAUCUAUAUAUAUGGGGAAGCAGAGGAAGCCUGAUAUAUACAUAUACAUGUAUAUGUAUAUAUGCUGAUACAUACAUAUAUAUGUAUGUAUGUAUGUAUGUAUAUAUGUGUAUUUACAAAGCCUUUUCUGCUUCCCUGUAAAACUCCAUCCUUCCUUUCUUUGUGAAGCAAUGCCAUUUGUAUGUGGUGUGUCUACUCUGUGCCCCAUGGGACAGAGGCCUCCCAAUAAAGAAUGACUCCUCUGACUGCCA